AUGCAGCCCCCACGGAAACGACAGAGAACUGUGGAAGACUUCAAUCAAUUCUGCACCUUCGUGCUAGCCUACGCAGGCUACAUCCCCUACCCAAAGGAGAAUGAGCCGUGGCCUCUUCGGGGCAACCUGAGCCCCCAGAACAGCACAGGAAGCACCCGAGACAGCGACAGCUGCGCCUCAUCCCAGUCCUGCGACUCCCAGGGGCUGUCCGACGACGGAGGGGGCAGGAACACGACGUGCAAAGGGGCCGCGGGGGACCUGUUCCUGAACUGCUCCGACGUUUCUGGCGGCUUCUGCCCGGCCCGGCCCCAUCAGCCUAAGAAGAAGAAGCACUCGGCAAAGAAGCUGAUCUUGGACCGAGAAGCUGACAAGAGAGCGGUGCUGCUGAGCUUGAAGGAGGAAAGGCUCGAGCCGGGAGGAGAGACUCGUGGGGAAGGAGAGGAGCUGGGCUCCCGCCUCCCAAGGGAAGAACUGCAGUCCGGAUCCCUCUUGGAGCAAUACGUGAAGGAGGAGAAAGGGUGGAUCUACGGGGUGCCGUCAGCCGAAAAGCCACUGGCUGGAGCCCUUGGGCCCGAGGAACAGAGCGCGUGCGAGGAGGGAAGAGUCAGCGCUGCCUGUUGGGACACAAGAGAGCAGAGCAGUGAAGAAGAGCUCAGUAGAGACGGCCUACAGCUCAGUACAUCACGCGAAGAGUUUGCAGCUCCCUCAGACAGCAAAGCAGAUGAGGAUGACGCCUGGGAUCUGAUCACUUGCUUCUGCUUAAAGCCUUUUGCCGGGAGGCCCAUGAUCGAGUGCAACGAAUGCGCCACCUGGAUCCACCUCUCGUGCGCCAAGAUCCGCAAAUCCAACGUGCCCGACAUCUUCAUCUGCCAACGGUGCCGUGACGCAAAGCAAGAGAUCCGUCGCUCCAACCGUGCCCGCACCGUGCCACGCAAGCGCUUUUGCGACUGACUCUGGCUUAAGGGGCAGCUGGGUUCCCUUUAACGCCUAAUCGGAUCCCAGAGAUGCAAGACAAUCAAAAUGCAGGAACGGCUCCCUGGGGAGUGGCAUACCCCUAUAAUGAAAGUGGUCCCCCCCCCAAAAAAAAAAAUGCUUUGAGACUCUAGGAUAGUGAAAGGUAUCUUUAAGGCUGGUGGGCACUGUUCUCCCCGUGACAGAACCCGUAAAAGGGAUGCUGUUGAUCUCAGGGUUACACCAGAGUAGGAGAUGCGAAGGCGGCCGGCAGACACAAGUGACUGGUUUGGUGGGUUCCAGUGCACAAUGCACUACGUCAGCCAGAAGGCCUCUUUGCCUGUCUGCGGAUACAGCUCGGUGCCUUUCUUCCAGGGGGGGGUGUUAGCCCAAAUUUAGUUCUAGCGUGGUACGAGAUAGCCACCUGGGUUUGUGCGGUUAUACUUCCCCAGUCUUUUUUUUUUUUUAGUUCUCUGGCAAAGCCUAGCCCACCCUUUUUGAAACAAGUCAGCUUUCAUCUCCAGGAACUUUCUCAGAGGGGGGGGGAAACACAUCUACAUCAUAAGGCCGUUUUCCUUCCGAAGCAGAGCAGGUAUCAGAAAACAAGCAGCUCUUGUGUUUCUGCUCCCCGAAUGGCAGCCCUGGCCAGCUGCCAUCCGACCUGGAGGUGGGGGCGAUCGCUUCUGGGUCUUUUAAUAAGCCUGCCGUGUUCACAAGCUUGGCAGGGCCUUUGUCAGG